AUGUCUCUUAUUACACUUGAACACGCUUUCUCUCAUUUACUCGCUCUUGUAGCUUUACUCUCAGUAUUUCUAAUUGUCCCUUCCUCUUGUUUCAACCCUAGAAAGAUUGUUAAUGCUUCAUACUCCUCAGCUCAGUCAGAUUGGUCACCUGCAGUGGCCACUUGGUAUGGAUCUCCCCAAGGGGAUGGAAGUGAAGGUGGUGCUUGUGGAUAUGGCAGUGCUGUUGGGAUACCACCAUUCUCAUCAAUGAUAUCUGCAGGAGACCCUAAUGUAUUUAACUCUGGCAAAGGCUGUGGUUCUUGUUAUGAGGUGAAGUGUACUGGGAAUACUGCAUGUUCGGGAAAACCUGUGAGGGUAGUCAUUACUGACCAGUGUCCUGAAUGUGGCUCUGAUGGUAAAUAUCAUUUUGAUUUGAGUGGUACUGCUUUUGGGGCCAUGGCGAUUUCCGGUCAAGAUGGAAAACUACGCAAUGCUGGAAAAAUUGACAUUCAACAUAGAAGAGUUAAAUGCAACUAUCCUGGCAUGUCAAUAGCCUUUCACGUGGACUCUGGAUCCAACCAAUAUUACUUUGCUACCUCAAUUGAAUAUGAGAACGGAGAUGGUGACCUUGCAAAGGUCGAACUGAAGGAAGCACUUGACACAACCUCAUGGCACUCCAUGCAGCAAUCAUGGGGUGCUGUUUGGAAACUUGACAAUGGAUCACCACUUCAUGCACCCUUCUCUAUUAGGUUAACAACCCUUCAGUCUCGCAAGACUAUUGUGGCCACCAAUGUUAUUCCUUUGGGCUGGAUGCCAGAUCAGACUUACAGAUCAUUUGUGAAUUUUUAA